UAGGUAGAAACCAACUUCCGGUGAGGAGGUCCUGGACGCCGGGUGGCGCGUGGGCUGCCCCAACGAGGGUUCCUGGGCCCGCAGUCACCGGGAGGGGGGUGGUUGCGUAGCCGGUGUCCCGGAGCAAGUGUCUGAGAGCCGGGUGUGACGCGCAACAGCGCGGGGAGCACUGCGGCGGCGGCGGGAGCAGGUGCAGCUUAAAGAAUGGAUGAUGAUGACUUUGGUGGCUUUGAGGCUGCAGAGACCUUUGAUGGUGAGCAAGGCGGAAACCAAGCAGUGUCUCCUGCUGUCCCCUGGGCCACCUUUCCUGCAGGGGAACACGCAGUCUCCAUUGUGAGCCAUCUUCAGAGUUUGUGGUAGGACCCCGCGGACAGAGCUACUGAUGCCAAUGUGGAAUAAAGUAUCCGGAGUGCGUCUCUCACCAGCUUCUCCGGAGCUUCUCCUGGACCAUGACCGCUCAUCUCCAUCCACUGGCCACCUCCCUCCAGAUGCCGUCAUUUCCUCACCAGAUGACCCUCGUGCAGACAGCAGCCUCAUGAGUCAGACCAUCUCAAAGGCUCAGAUUCAGCAGUCAGCACACACACAUCUGAAUAUCCCUCUCUUCCCACUUGGUUUAACGGAUGAGCCGAGCCAUGGAACCCUUGCCCUGGAGGAUGAGCCUGAAGGUCCUGGAGUCCAUGUGUCCAACUCUCAGCUCCGGCAAAAGAUAUCAAGUCUGGAGACUAAACUCAAAGCUUCUGAAGAAGAAAAGCAGAGAAUUAAAAAGGAUGUGGAGUCGCUGAUGGAGAAACACAGUGUCCUGGAAAAGGGCUUCCUGAAGGACAAGGAGCAGGACGCGGUAUCCUUCCAAGCCAGAUACCGUGAGCUCCAGGAAAAGCAUAAACAAGAAUUGGAGGACAUGAGGAAGGCUGGGCACGAGGCGCUGAGCAUUAUAGUGGAUGAGUACAAGGCACUUCUGCAGUCUUCAGUUAAGCAGCAGCUAGAUGCCAUCGAGAAGCAGUAUGUGUCUGCAAUAGAGAAACAAGCUCACCGCUGUGAGGAGCUCCUGCAUGCUCAGCAUCAGAGGCUCCUAGAAGUGCUGGACACUGAGAAGGAACUGCUAAGAGAAAAAAUCCAGGAAGCUUUGACUCAGCAGUCACAGGAGCAGAAAGAAUCCCUGGGAAAGUGCCUCCAGGAGGAAAUGCAGAGGAACAAAGAGACACUGGAGUCCGCUGUGAAGCUUGAGAAAGAAGCGAUGAAAGAUGUCAUCACUAAAGCAGUAGAAGAAGAAAGGGAAAAUCUGGAGAAAGUCCAUGCUGAAGAAAGGGAAAUGUGGAAGACAGAACAUGCAAGAGAUCAAGAGAGGGUGGCAGAGGCCAUCCAGGCUGCUGUGCAGGAGCAGCAGAGGAUGAGUCAGGAAGCCGUCAAGGCCGCAAUAGUAGAGGAGCAGCGACGAAGUGAAAAGGCCAUGGAGGAAGCCGUAAAGAGAACGAGGGAUGAGCUGGUGGAGUAUGUGAGAGAGCAGAGAAGGCUCGAUCAAGUCACGCGCCAGCGUAGCCUGUCCAGCCUGGAGCUGUUCCUCUCCUGCGCCCAGAAGCAGCUGAGUGCUUUAAUAGCUACGGAGCCUGUUGACAUUGAAUAGAGACACAGCUGAUCCAUCCUGGUCACUAAGCCUGCCCACUCCGAAGCUGUUCCUCUCCUGUGCCCAGAAGCAGCUGAGUGCUCUAAUGGCCAUAGAACCUGGUGGCAUUGAAUAAAGGGAACAUGAUGGGCUGCCUUGCCCUGGC